AGAUUUCAGACUCGUGCUCAGGCAAAAGAUGUGCACGAAACGCCCAAGCAAUCAAAGGAAGAGAGGCCGGAGGGCCACUAUCAACCGUCUGCGGUUCCAAGGCGAGCUGCUCCAACACGAGGGUUUGGAAGUCCUGAGAGCGUCGCGACGAAUGACUUUGAGAAUGAGACUACAACGUUUAGUCCUGUUGAAGAACAAGAAUUGCCAAGUAUGCCUUCACGUGAUGAAACAUCUCCUGAGAGUGGACCCGCUGAGGCGGAACAAGAAGAAGGGCAUCAAGAAGAAGACGACUACGGAGAAGAGGGGGUUUCUCUUGAAGAUAUCGUCCACGACAUUCUGCCUCAGCUUGGACUAUGGGCUGGCAAGAUGUGCGAUCAUGUCACGGCAGCAGAGCCCGGGGCUUUUGACCAGGGAAAAUGGAACAAAUUAUCACUUUACGAGAGAAAAUUCGACGCAUUCCGCCAAGACAUCACAUCCGCGGACACCUUCUUUAUAGACCCACGCAACAUGCGUAAAUCAUUGGCAGGCUUCGAGAAUUCCGAAUAUUCUGGGCUGGUGUUCAAAACCAUUGUGUCCGUAAACACGGCGCUUCUCCUCAAGCUUACAUUGCAAAUAAGUCACGGUAAAUUGAAGGCUCAACCGGUGCUGGAGGAAUUGAACAAAAUCUUCCCAGCUCUGUUCAAAUGGCUUGAAGACGACACAGACGAUGACUUAUCUGCCUAUGACGAGGCGCUCCGGAUCCGCUGUUGUGUUCUGGCAGAUCGUAUCGAGGCAUCCGACCGUAGCAACCCGGCGCAAUUAGCGGCACAGAUAUUUUGUCUUGGGCCAAUGCCAGGCACAAUCAAAUCGGCCAAGGAAUCGCUCUUGAAUGGUCCUUAUGAGCCAUUCGGGGAUCUGGAUUUGGAUUUCUCUGAGGGUCUCAAAGAGACACAUAUGAAGAAUAUGGAAAAAUUGUGUUCUCACUUAUAUCCAAAAAAGUCAGGGGACACUUUGAAGUUCCUGAGGGAUACUUAUCCAGUGAAAGAUCUCCUGAAAGACCUGACGAAAUGGGCCCACCAAAUAUACAAGGAUAUCAACAAGCCUCCGAAAGACGUAAAGGGCAAAGAACCAGUGCGUGUUGCACCCUCAACAGAAGUGACACCGGAAAUCAGUCAAAACGAGGCGACAUCGUCAGGAACCCCUCACAAAGCAGCAUCACAAUCGAUUGGACAGCAACAGAAUGAAGAGCACAUGGAUAAGAGCAACGCAGAUAAAGGUGACCUCUUUGUCGAUCAAGAUGAUCAAAACUACAGCUCCGACUCUGACUCCCAACCUGUGGAGUCUGUAGUUAGGACUGGUCCCCGAAUGGGAAGCUAUCUUGAUGGAAGUUUGAAAUUCGAGCCACCUCGUAACACAACAGGUGGAAAACCACGAACAACACCACCCUUGAACCAGCAGGCAGUCAAAAAUACAUUAUCCAAGCUGAAUCCCGAGAAAAUCAUCAGUAUCUUAAAAGCGAGUGGAUCAGCAAACGGACCCGGUAGUUCUCAGGCUGCUCCGAGCCGCAGUCAAAUGAACGGCCGCAAGAGACUAGCAGCCAAUCACGAAGACAGCGAAGACAAUAGAACUGAUGAUGACGACAGUUUUCAGCUGGACGAGAGGCCGCUGAAAAGAAGCAGGCGGCCGUCCAUUGCCUCCCAAGUUCCCAUAUCGUCUUUCAAGAGAGCACGGAUCCCGGAGUCUCAACCAGCCAGGGUCAAUCGUAGCAGUCGCUCUGCACGAUCUGAUAUGAACGCCAGUGACCUACGACCGGACGACAUACAGCGCUUAACACAGGAAGCUAGAGCGGUCGCGCGUGAGAGCCGCGAAGACUCAGCGAACCGUCUCCACAGGCCGCCACAGAAGCGCGAAAAAUGGGCCGACGAAGACACGACUGCACUCAUUAAUGCUAUACCGGUUUAUAUGUGUGCAUGGAGCGAUAUGGAGAAUGCUGGGCUCUUUACCACUUAUCGAACCCAGCAACAAAUACGCGACAAGGCACGCAACACCAAAGUUGAUUUCCUGAAGGCGGAUUUCCCGCUUCCCGCAGGGUUCGAUGGUGUGGCACUUGGCAAGAAAGAGAUCGAGGCCGUCAGGCUGCUUGGCAAGAAUCCUACGAGGAAAGAGGACGAUCUCGACGACAGCGGUCGAGUGAUCAACAACAAAUGGGCCCCCGAGAUUGAAUUUGAGGAGCGCCGUCGUCGCCGCCGGCCGCAAGACGCCGACUAGGACUUUGACGACUUGGACUGAUGUGUGCUACGACGCAUGAGGAGUUACGUGACCAAACAAGCGUUUACUACUUCGUUGCUUUAUUCAACCACGACCCCAUCUCACUUGUUUCUCCGCUUGCACUUUAAGAUAUCCAACGUGUUGCUUGAAACACGCCUGAAUGAGUAUUCAAACCCUGAAAUGGCGUCCUGUGUUCAGCCUCAAAUAUCAAGUAGAGACUCGACAUUCUGCGCACAAGCCCUCCGAACGAUUCUCUUCGUCCGCGGGAAUGUAAACGGAAGUGCAUGCACCGCAAUGCAUUGACCAAACGUAACUAGCAAUCCCUACUUCUCGGAUAGGCAGGAGUAACUCACCGCGCACUCUCGAAAGGGGAAACCUCUGUUGCCCGGAUGUCGUCCCACUGCGUAGGGAAAGGAGAUGGACGAGAU